AUGCCUCCUAUCCGCACAUCUCGCAGUCGUAAAACUCCACCGGCUGGGUUUGAAGAUAUUGAAGAUACAUUGCUGGAGUUUAGCAACAAGAUGAAAGAUGCCGAAAAUGCAUCUCAUGAAGGGAAAAAGAAGCAUGAAGUUCUCUGGCCCAUCUUCCAAAUUAGCCAUCAACGUUCAAGAUAUAUCUAUGAGUUAUAUUACGAAAAGGAGGCUAUAUCGAAGCAGUUAUAUGACUGGCUGCUCAAGAACAACUACGCGGAUGCGAAUCUUAUUGCAAAAUGGAAGAAGCAGGGAUACGAAAAGUUAUGCUGCUUGCGCUGUAUUCAAACAAAAGAGACUAACUUCAACUCUACAUGCAUUUGCCGGGUGCCGAAAGCGCAACUGAAAGAAGAUCAAGUCAUUCAGUGCGUCAGCUGCGGCUGUCGAGGUUGUGCCAGUAGUGAUUAG